UGCAAGAGUCGACCCGGGUCAGGAUCAAGUUCUGACCCGAUGAUGUGCAGCUGACCCGAGCGGCUCACCGCUUUCGGUCUGGGUGCCCAGCUCUUCGAGGUCUCCAAAGCCAAGUUCGUCUUUGGCAACUGAUCAAGUUCACCGCCGAAAGACCAAAACAUCUUCACUUCUAGCAGCAAAAGGGUGUUCUGUUUGGACAAUCUCGACGCUUUUAAGUCUCAGUUCAGUUCAGCAGUCUUUGUCUGGAAACCACCUCCAACCCUUGUUCAGUCUUCCUCGACUUCGUCCCGCACUCAGGCUUAUCUUAUCAUUCGUCAUUGUCCGGCGACCUUGGUCUGACUGAGCAGCACCUGCUCACAUCUCUUUUUCUCUUCAUCUACUCUGCUGUUUCGACUUUUUUGCGCCCGUCUCUGUGCUGUGCCAGAAAUGCGGUCUCGUCAGUAUGAUUUCCUGCUGCUAGUCGUGCUCUUCCUCGCAGUGGCGCGAUCGUCGACCGCCAUUGCUGCCUUCCCAGGCUCGCGAAAUAGCUCGUUUCCUAUGAGCUCGAUAUUCAAUCACAAAAACAGUCCGCACAUCGCUGCUUCGGACGAAUGCUUCAAUUGCUUACUGCCCGCACACCAAUGCGCCCAGUUCGCCGACUGUCGACCGUACGAUGGGUUUUGCGACUGUCCCGCUGGGUUUGGCGGAGCGGACUGCGUUGAUCCUGUCUGCGGAUCUCUCGCAGAUGGCCGCGACCGAAUGCCCCGCGACGGUCCGUCUUGCGACUGCACCGAUGGCUGGGGUGGAAUCAAUUGCAAUGUUUGCCAAUCCGACGACUCUUGCAACGCAUUCACGCCCGAUGGCACCGGCGGCGCAUGCUACAAGGGUGGCAUGACUGUCAAGCAGAAUUUCCAAAUGUGUAACGUCACUAACCGCAAGAUUGUGGAUAUUUUGGACGGAGAUUUACCCCAGGUUACUUUUACUUGCAACCGAACCUCUGAGAUUUGUGACUUUCAAUUCUGGAUUGGCGAGGUUGAGAGUUUCUACUGCCAGUUGAACGAGUGCGAGUUCUCCACAGAAUCGACGGCCAAUUCAAACAAAACGAUGUACGCAUGCCCCAGCAUCGAAUGCGCGUGCAUCCCCGACCGCAUGCUCUGCGGUGCAGACGGUUCGAUCGACAUCACAGACUUUUUGACCGAAGCAAUCGAAGGCCCCGGCUACUUCACCUGCGACUCCGCCUCUGACUCUUGCGAGUUUUCCGAACCGGCGAUGGAUGAACUCAUCCAGUCCGUGUUUGGCGACGAGACAAUCACUCUGCAUUGCGAUAGUGGCGAGUGUAUGCAUUAUAGUGAGAUUCCGGGGUACGAGCUGCCCAAGAAAAAGCUCAACAGAAAGGUGCUCGCGUUUGGAAUCAUCAGUGUUUUGGGGUUCAUUGGACUUGUGACGUUUGGUGUGAUGUAUACCAUUCGGAAGCUGCAGGAUAUGACAAGCGGCGUGAAGCUGCCUUCUGAAGACGAAUCAUACAAGCUCAUGACAGGACAUACCCCCGCCACGCUUCUUUUCCGAAACACGUCGUACAGCGUGCGUGAUAAGACUGUAUUACGAGGCGUCCAGGGUGUCGUUCGUCCGGGAGAGAUCAUGGCGAUCAUGGGUGCGUCCGGCGCAGGCAAAACCUCGCUACUCGACAUUCUUGCCCACAAGAACAAGGACGGCAGAGUCGAUGGCCAGAUCCUAGUCAACGGCUACAAAGUGACUGACGAUCAGUUCAAGGGCAUCAUCGGCUUUGUCGACCAGGAAGAUGCUCUGAUGCCUACUCUGACUGUGUACGAGACUAUUCUGAAUUCGGCGCUGCUGAGACUACCAAAGACGAUGUCUCGUGACGCAAAGCAUCUGCGCGUGCUCGAGACUAUGAAUGAGCUUGGAAUCAUUGAUAUCAAAGAUCAGGUUAUUGGAUGGGAAGGCCGGCGAGGAAUUUCGGGCGGAGAAAAACGCCGAGUCGCGAUCGCUUGCGAACUGGUCACUAGUCCGUCAAUCAUUUUCCUAGACGAGCCGACGUCCGGAUUGGACUCUUUCAACGCGUACAAUGUGAUUGAGAGUCUCAAGACUCUGGCACAGAACUACAAACGUACCGUCAUCUUCACGAUCCACCAGCCGCGUUCGAACAUUGUUGCGCUGUUUGAUCGACUACUGCUGCUGUCGCACGGCGAAGUUGUGUACUCUGGUCUCGAAGCGGAGUGCCAGGCUUACUUUGCCGGAAUUGGAUACGACUGCCCCCCAGGCUUCAAUCUUGCCGACUUUUUGAUCGACUUGACGAUGACGGCCUCGCAAGCCAGUCGUAAGAACGGACAUUCGUACCAUGAUAUCUCGCCACCUUCAGAGCCGAUCAGCUCAGGCUCGUCUGCCGUCACCGCUGCGUCUGGCGAGGAUGAAGACGGUGAGCUGAUUCGUUUGUCGACAAGAGAGGAUACCGAGGUCGAGCAUCCGUUACAACAAAACGGCCAUUCUGAGACAGAGACAGAGUCCGCAGAGACUUCAACCACCGCCGAAGUCUCGCAGACGCUAGAUCUAGUCGAGAUUGUGAGAGAAUACAAACGGUCGCAGAUCUCGAACCAGAUCAUUUCCGAGAUCGAGCAGAGUCUGCACGCGUCGAGUGAAAACACAGACGAGAUCCCGUCGUUCUUGGUCGAUUCGAGAAAGAUCGGCGUGUGGGAGCAAUUUGUGAUUCUUUCGGGACGAACGUUUAAGAAUCUGUAUCGUAAUCCUAUGCUUUUACUCACUCAUUACGGAAUCGCUCUUGUUCUUUCAGUGCUCGUCGGAUAUCUGUACUACGACAUCGUGAACGACAUUUCAGGCUUCCAAAACCGACUCGGAUUAUUUUUCUUCCUCCUCACGCUGUUUGGUUUCAGCACGCUGACCACGCUGCACAUCUUUGCAUCCGAGCGCCAGAUAUUUGUCCGCGAGCGCGCGAACGGGUUCUAUACCCCGAUCGCCUACUUUGCGUCCAAGGUUGUGUUUGACAUUAUCCCGCUGCGCGUGGUGCCGCCACUGCUGCUCGGAUUGAUCAUUUACCCGCUUGUUGGGCUGAACUUUGAGUCGUACGGAAUGGCCAAAUUCCUCCUCGUGUUGAUUCUUUUCAACCUUUCGUCUGCCGCGAUCUGCCUCUUCAUCGGUGUGAUGAUCAAAGACAGCGGUGUGGCGAGUUUAAUUGGCAUCCUCGUCAUGCUCUUCAGUCUCCUCUUCGCCGGCCUGUUUCUGAACAAGGACUCGAUCCCGCCCAGCGCGCUCUGGAUCCAAAACCUCUCGAUUUUCCACUACGCGUUCGAAGCCAUGCUGGUCAACGAAGUCCGCUAUCUGACGCUGAUUGAAUAUAAAUUCGGCUUGUCGAUCGAAGUUCCUGGCGCCACGAUCCUCAGCACGUUCGGGUUCGACACGACUGCGUUCAGGCGCGACGUCACGGGUCUUGUCGUUUUCUUUGGAACUUUUAUCGCACUGGCCUACGCUGGUAUGCAUUUCCACCUCGUCGAAAGACGGUGAGUGUAUCUACACCUACCAAAAAGCAAACGUAAAUAAAAGAGUCGGAUCGAGAGCUGCUGCUUGUAUUCGUGUUGUCUCUUCAUCUUUUGUACAACUCACAAGUUUCUUCUAUUUUUAUCUCUCUUAGGUGGUCAUAUAUCUCUUUACUUAUCACUUUCUCGUCAUCCUAUCACUGGUUCCCCAGUCGCUUUGUCUCUUCUUUAAAUGUAUUGACAUCUCCAGAUUAUGUAAUAUAGUAAAGAAAAACCAGGGUUGGGGUUGGGA